AUGGAUCUCGUCGCAUCGGGGCCUCACGUACGUGAUAAGGCCUUGAGCCCCUUGAACUUCCACGAAGCGCUAACACGAGCGGUUACCCUUAGUUUCGACAAUUUUGACGAAUACACGCGACGUCAAUAUAAUGCCAAAGCACCUCAUCUCCCUAAUCCGUUCGGGCACGAUGAGGUUCCUAAUAAGUUUUCCGAGUUCGAUGUCUUCCUGAAGCUUCGCGUCCUUCAUCAGUUGACCAUAUGGACGUUUUGGAAUCCGGAUCGCAUCCGUGAUAAGAUGCCGGAGCAAAGGGAGGCGGAUCAAACGCAAUGGAUGACAACCGACUCUAUCGUCGUACUGAUCCUCCUCCUCCCCCUCCUCCGAAACCUGCCAAAUCGAAGACGAAGAGAAAGAGUGCACGUGCUGUUCGAGCGUCAAAACGCAGAAAGGUAUCAGGAGCCGCUGCUGCGGAGGAAUCCUCGGGCGAGGAAAAUAAUAACAUCAAUGGAGAAGUCACUGGGGAUCCUUACGAGGGGAUGA